AUGUCCAUCAAAUUCCGUGAAAAACCACGGGGUGAGUUGGAGCUCAAGUUGGGCGGAACGCAGCUGCUCCGCGGAAAAGACAGGUCAGUGCUGCAGAAAGACGAGCCCAAGAUGGCCUUCUCAGCGGAACCUGUUCGAAACCUGGGCGGCCGCGGGUGUUGGUUCGAAAUCCGUGUGGAUGUCUUUGCCGGAGGGGAGAUGUGUUUGAUGGGCUUGGGCUUCACCGCGACCGACCCAGAAACCCUCGUGAACGAAAGCGAGGCCGAGGCUGCGCCCCCUUUACCUGGCUGUGCAGGGCACAUUCCCAACUCUUUUGUCGUGGGCUACGGCCGGUCGCUGUACUGGAAUGGCGAGCGCAUUGAGAUUGAGCCGCUCUUCACGAAGCUGAAGCCGGCUCAGACCUUCACCGUGGGAGCCUUAGCGAACCUCGACGGCGGCCUGGAGCUUUUCAUUAACCGGCGGCUGGUCUACACUUUCUCGCCUGAGGCGAACGUGAAGCGGCCGAUCGAAGUGGAUGCACCUCUGUGGGCAGUCGUAGACUGCAGUGGUGGUCUGAAGAAGGCGAACGCGCGAUGCAUGUCCCUCCUUUCGUUGCCGCUGGCUCUGCCUUUAGUCUCCAAGGCCUCGCUGAUCCCGGACUCCAUCCUUCCGACUCCCGAGGAGGCGGCUCUCGGCGAGGAGGCAGCUUCCCCUCUUCAGAGCCAGAGCUGCAGGCGCAAUGUCGAAACGUUUCCUCUCCAGGAGAAGGCGCUCGGAGCCGCCACAGAAGCGGAGGCCAGCGGCGGCCAGCCCGCUCUCCUCGCGGAAGCGCCUGAGUCUUCGCAAUCUUCGCAGACCUGCCAGGACGGCGACGACUCGAGCGUGGGCGAGGAAGCUUUUGGUCAACUUUUCGUGGCAGCGUCGGCAAGUCGUCAGCAGACAUUGAGGCGGUUUGACGUGACCAACAGCUUGACCAGUGCUCUGCAACGCUUCCAGGACGACGAUCAGAGGUCUCAUGUGGGCAGCGCUGUGCCAGUACCAGUGGCGUCUUCCCUCGGCUUGGUCAGCGUGCCAUCAGACGUCGUGCGUGAAGGGCUUCUUCGGAUCCCUUCCGCACCAAGCAUUGGUCGAGAGCCGAUCUGGACAGAGCCCAUCAGCCCAAAUUACCGGAGCAACCACAUUGGCAUGGAAGAGAGGCCGGGGCCUGGCUGGGACUUCACCAACGCAGGUCUUUCUGCUCUUCGACUUCCCACCCAGGCGGCCGAGGGCCACGUGGCGGAAUUUGCGAGGAACUGCGCUCUGCAGUCAAGGACCAGCAUUCGGGCAUACGAAGGUCAGCGGCGAGCACUUCCCCUUCGUGAGUGGUCCGAAGUUCAGAAUGUGUCCCGACACCGGGAGACCAUGCUGCGCGACCUCCAUCAAAAGAGCAACCCGGACACUGUGAAAGCAGUGGACCGGCCUGUACCGCCUGUGCCGGUGCGACCCUUCCUGCCUUUCCAGGCUGACAUGCAUGUUGAAUGCUUGCUGGGUUCUUGUCGGCUGUCCCGCACCUUACAUUCUUCGACAUACAUAUUGGCUCUUUUGUGGAAGUUGUGCUGUGAAACCCCGCCCCAAAGCUUUGAGGCUCCAAAUGUGGUUCAGGAGCGCAAGGGUCAACUUGUAGUGGCUCCCUGA